CUACAAUAACAACAACUCUCCUUCAAGAAGAUAAAGCAGUCGAAAUGUAAACUUUGUCCUGUAACAUUAUAGUUACAUCUUAUGAUCUACAUCUACAUUUUACUGCACGAUCACACUUAGAAGUGAAAUAUCAUCACAAGAAGGGAAACCUCACAAAUUACCCUGUUCUUCUUAAACAAUGUAUAUAAGGAAUUGGGUAGGAUUGUUUUUGUUAGGGACAAUCAAUAAUCUGCCAUAUGUAAUAGUUACAUCUGCUGCCAGUACCAUAGCUACAAGUUUUGGAAAGAAAAAUUUGAUUGGACUCGUGUUUGGAGCAAAUGUAGCUCUUUCUGCUAUUGUGAAAUCUGUGAAUGGAGCAUUCCUACUCAAAGUUCCAUAUGGUGUAAGAUUUGCAGCAAAUGCUGUCCUGAUGCUGAUAGGUUUAUUUGGAGUUGCCUAUGCACCAAGUUUUUGGUUUUCCCUGGUUUGUAUAGUAUUUGUUGGUGCUAGUGCUGCAUUUGGUGAAAAUGUUGCUCUUGGAUAUUUACGAUUACUUCCCAGUAAGAUGGUGAAUGCGUGGUCUAGUGGUACUGGAAUGGCUGGCGUUCUCGGGUCUCUGCUCUAUAUAACAUUCGGUUGUGCUGUUGGUGCAGGAGGAAAUGACCAGGACAAGCUAAGACAACUUAUACAAUACGCCUUUUUACUUACAAGCCCAGCUGUUGGACUUUAUCUAGUUUCUUACUUUUUUAUUAUCAAAUGUCCAAGUAUGAUGCCAUUAACAGGAGUACAAACAGAGGUGGCUGAGAAAGAGGCAAUACUAGAUGUUAACACUUCUGCACAAGGCGAACAAGAGUUCCCCUGUGUGGCUGUUAAGGAAUCAUCAUUACAUAGGAUAUGGAGAUGUACAAGAUUUGUUGGAUGGAUGGCCUUAAAUUUGAGUGCAGUCUACCUGUUUGAAUACAUAGCACAAGGCUGUGCAGCCAAAGUACGACCUAAAUCAGAAUACAACAUCGGAUGUCCAGAGCUUUAUGCAGGGCUUUCAUUAUGUUACCAGGCUGGAGUUUUUGUUUCCAGGUCAUCGGUACAGUUGUUUACAGUGACGAAAGUUCAUAUACUGUCUGUAUUACAGUUUAUCAAUAUGAUGUUAUGGAUAGUUGAUGUACAUUUCAAGUUUUUACCAGUGCAUAUACUGCCAGCUUUGAUGAUAUAUGUUGGUCUGCUGGGCGGAGCUUCUUAUGUAAACAUAUUCUACAUCCUGUUGCAUGAUGAUAAAUACAACAUAGAUAGGGAACUUUGUAUCAACAUUGCAGCCUUAUUCAUUACGUUCGAAGAAAAUACCUAAUAGACAGCUAUGCUGUUGAAAAGCGACACAUCUGACCUGCAGAGUUCUAGUUUUUAAUGAUAAUGAUGCAUUUUAAUGUUAAUCCUGCAGUUUUCACUAAACUUUAUGUGAUUAACUUGCAAUUUGUUGGCGUUAUGUAUUUCACACAAUGUUAAUGUGUGAUGUCAUAUAUCUGUUAAGCGGCCAUAUUGUUUAGUGUGUGUUUGUGUGCGUUAAAAUGGCUGAUUACAACGAUUUUCAAUAAAAUUGUGCAUUUUGAAAGAACAAUGCUAAGGUUACAGGCAAAUGGUGAGCAGGCAAUUAAGAAAACGACAAUGAAGAAGUGGUAUGCUGAAUUUCGAGACGGCCAGCAAAGCAUCCAUGACGAAAAGCUCUGUGGACGUACCAAGAUUGUAACCUCAAAUCACGUCACUGUGACUGAGGAGCUGCUCGACAAUGAUCGUCACAUUAAAAUUUGUGAAAAAAACAAACCAUCAGAUUGUAAUAUUGGCACAAUACACCGCAUUAUACACGAAGGACUGAAUAUGAGACGCAUGUGUGCCAGGUGGGUUCCAAAAAUGCUGACGGAUGAAAAAAAAAUUGGAAAGAGUUCAGUGUUGCCAACAUUUUCUCAGAGGAAUUCAAAGGGGUUUCUUGCGAUGGAUAGUAACUUUUGAUGUGACAUGGUCAGUCUAUACGUACCUGAAACAAACUGACAGUCUUCUUUGUGGAAAACCCCGGGAUUGCCUUCACCUAAGAAGUUUAAAGUUGGCCCAUCUGCAAAGAAAAAGAUGUUCAUCAUCUUCUUUGACGUCGAUGGCGUGAUACUGAGCCAUGCUGUAUCCGUUGGUCAGAUGGUGAUGGCAAAGUAUUAUUUUAAGGUGAAUAAAUUUAUCAGAUCUAUAAUAUAAUACUCAUUCUAAAGUCAAUACAUUACCUAAUAAUUAUUAAUAUUUGUGUAAGUAAUUAUGAAAAUAAAUCAUUAUAACAAUUUACUUAUGAUUGCAUUUAUCAGUAUAUAUGCUGAGACGCAAUUUCAUGAGGGCGAUGAGAAAGUAGCGGGGAACGAAAAUCGUCGACAUGAUAUUCCAUCACGACAACGUACCCUGUGUGGAGAAAACAUGGGACAUACUUCGAAGUACUCGAUCACCCAGCCUACAAUCAAACCUCACCGCUGUUACCGACACUGAAGUAAGUUCUGUGGGUGAAAACUUCAAUGACAUGGACGAGCUGUCUAACGGUUGCAAGGUGCAAUUUCUGAGAUAAAUGGCUUCUCCUACUUUAAGAGUUUCCUGUCAUGGGUCUACCAUUGUAAAAGGUGUGUUUCCUUUCACAGGGAAUAUAUCGAGGAAGACUAGGUGCGUGUUUUGGGUGACACUUGCACAUGCAUUAAACAUGACAUUGUUAAUAAUGGCGUUUGGCCGGUUCAACUGGAAUUACCAUAGAAAAACAUGUAAUUUUCUAAUUAAGUUUUACUCGAUUUUAUUGAAAUUUUGUGUAUAUGUUAACUCUAUGUUUAUUUACAAUGUGAAUUUCGUAUGAGUAUUGAAAAUAUGACAGCUUUUUUCUGCGUAUUUAUUGAACACCCCUGCUAAAACACAAAAAUUCUUCAAUUAUUAUACUAUAGAAACUUUAGAUUAGAUAUUUGGUAUGAAAAACUUUGUCUGGUGGACCUCUACCAAAAAAUUCAAAUUACAGCACUUAUAUGUUUAUGGUAAAAAGUUUUAAAAAGAUUUCUUCUCUUAACUACAAGAGCUAAAGCUUACCGGGUAGUUAUUAAACAUUAUCUAGUAGACUUCUACUAAGUUUGUUCAAAUUAUAGCCCUUAGGGGAAAAUUGGCCCCGCCCUAAGCUUUUCUUUAUGCAGUAAAUACUUAAAAAAUCUUCUUCUUGAAAACUGCAAGGGCUAUAAUAUACCUUAGUAAACACCUGAAUGAAUUUCUGUGUAUAUUGUAAUGCAUCUGGUUGUCAGUCCAUUUAUCUGUUAGCAGGUUUUUGUGUCCGGUCUUUUGAACUGGUGGGAGGAAAUUGAAACUUCUUGGCAGAAAUUUUAACCAUGAGACGAUGUGCAGAGUGCAGGUUUGACCAUUCUCAGGUUCAGGUCAAUUUUAAGCUUAGUCAUUUUGUUUCGAUGUCCAACUUUAGUGGCCGCUAUGUAUCAUGUGAACCGCUUGAAAGAAACUAAAACUUUUUGGCAGAAAUAUUCCUUAAAUUGAGAUGGUGUGCAAAACACAAGUUCGGACUUCCUAAGAUCAAAAUUGGCCCCGUUGAUUUAUAAUAGACUUAUAUAGGAAUUUUCGUGUCAGGUCAGUGUUGUUAUAUUUUUCUUGUCCAUUGGGAUCAUUGAUGCCAGCACUAUUUAGUGUUGAGAAUUGAGUACCGCUCAAGCCAGUGCUAGGGGGCGUGAGGGAUGUUGCACUUAUUCAGUAUCCCUCAUGUACGGACUCAAUCAAACCGAGUCUGCAAUUCUUAUGCAAUUUUGUUGUGAUUAAUGCUUCCGAGGGAUCACUUUGUUUCCAGAACAGGUGAAUAGAAAUUGAAACUUCUUGGCAAAAAUGGUAACCAUAAUUAGGCAAUGUGCAGAGCACAGGUUUGACCUCCCUCAGGUCAAGGUCAAACUUAGUUAUUUAGUAUCAAUUUCAGCUCUGUUUCUAGACUACCUCAGGUCAAGGUCACACUGACUCAUUCAAAGUCCUUAUAUUAGUGUGUAUAUUACAAAGGGAGAUAACAAUGUAUGAAUUUAUCAAUAUGUUUCCUCCCAAUAUAUAUUAUAUAUAUUUACCUCCCUUUUAUUCCCAAAAUCUGAUAUUUAUUGCUCAUUUGUGUUGACUAUUUUUUUUGUCCAUGGACCCGAUUUUUUUCAAUUAAUCCCAUCGAUUUACAGCUAAAAAUAAAUUCAGAUGCAAGAAUUCCUUUUGAUUUCUAUUAUGUAAAGUCAUAUAUUGGUUUCCUUUUCGGUGAUUCGCAGUCAUUAUGUCAUAUUAAUGGAUGAGAACGGGAACAAAUUUCAUAUAUAAAAGCAGUAUAAAAGACAAAAUAAAAAAAUAUUCUUUAAAUUUGGUAAUUUAUUUCUUACAUUUGUAUCUUCUACAGGAAAUUACUAACUGUACACAGUGGGUUAUGUAUAUAUUUAUUGCUGUACAUGAUAGCUAUAAAUAGAUAUGACCUUCACAUUGUGAAAUGCCGAAAAUUUAUUUUACAGUCAUUUGUUUCGCACUAUGGCAAUAACGAACUGGAGAGUUUUGCAGGAAAUGAAAUGCAAACAUAUUCAACCAUAAAUUGCACUCUUCAUAAAGCUUUUAUAUCUUUGACUCGCAUGAACAUGAUGUUAGU